AAUGCAUUAACAUAUUACAGCAUAAUCGCUAAGAAAGUAACUAGAAAAUAAAGAAUAAUUGAUGCAUACACUCAAACAUUUAGAGAAUAGGGUUACUCAUGAUAUCGUACCAGUUUUAAUUGAGAUUCUAAAAACUGUUGACUAAGCUAUAAGAUUGGUGGCUAAACUAAUUCAACUCUAGCCUAAGGAAUUCAAUUCAUAAACAUUACAAGUGGCCAUUCAAAGGUGUUUAGGCUCUCCAAUCAAUAUUACUUUGUUAAAAGCCAUCGGAGCAUUGCUUUAGGAAUUCAAAAUUGAUACUCCAGAUCAAUUCAUAAGAUAAGUUUUUAGAUGUUGUUUUACGGGUAUUCCAUAAUUUGGCAAUCUUUAACCAGAACAUGUAGUAACUGAUCUAUCUAGUGAUUCAGAAGGUUAAAGUGAUGCAGCUCAAAAGGCUAAUUCAAAAAUAAGAUCAACUAGUAUACUUGUGUUAAAGACUUUAAUUAAGGAAUUCCCAUUGUAUUUUUAAAGCAAUUGGCAAUUAUUCUUGUAGAAGCUACUUCAACUUUUGUAACAUGAACCAAGAAAGAAUACCAAGAUAAAUUUGAUUCAAUUAAUAAUAAUACUGUUGGAUACAUUGAAUGUCUCAAAGUGGAUUCAAGGAAUAGAGAUUGUUAAACAUCAACAUGGAUUUUAACCUAAAGCAUAUGUAUUAUUUUAGGGUGUAAAAUAAAUUCAUGAAACAGCACUUGCUUUACUGUCUGGAUGGAAAUAGAAUGAUAGUCAAUUCAAUAUACAAUUAUGUAAAUUAGAAGUGUAUUUGAUGCAGGAAUGUAGGAUUCUUACUAAAUUAUAAGAUUCAGAGGGUGCAAUUCCCUUAUAUUAAAUAUCAUUAUAAUUGAUGAAUGAUGUAACAGUGAAAACAUCUGCAAUGUAGAUUUUGAAUUUUUUAGUAUAUGAGGGUAUUAAAACAAUAGAUGUAAAAUAUUUGAUUAAGUAAUGUUUAUAAGGAAUAAAAGAUAGAAAUGAAAAUAAUAAUAAUAAUAAUGAUUUAUUCAUUUAAGAAUGUUAUUAAUUAUUACAAAAAUGUUAAUCACAUUUUCAUAAGGAAUUCUGUGAAUUAGUAAAUUGUUAAGAAUUAUAAAGAAUUAAGCAACCAAAUAUUUAAUAUUAUAGGAUUUUUGAAGAAAUUAGUUGUGUUGCUGAAUAAGGAUUUCAAGAUAUUUUAAUUGAUGUAGCUUUGGAAUGUUUAUAAUCAAAUGCAGUUGAAUUGGUUCCUGCAGGAUUUAAUAUAAUUGGUAAUCUUUAGGAAUUUUUUUGGUAGAAAUAGAAUAAAGAAGUUAUUGAGAAGAUGAUAAAAUAAAUAAGUUAUAUUUAUGUACAACUAUUUAGUGAUACUCCAUUUAAUAUGUCUAGUUUAAAAAUAACUUUUUAUAAGGCAAUAGGAACAUUAUGUAGUUCAAAUAGUAUUCUAUAGAAUCCAAUGGCUGUAUAAGAGUUAUCUUAGAUGUUUAAUAAAUUAUAAGGGAAUAAUGUACAUGUAUUGGAGAAAAGUAGUUGGGCAGCAGCUAAUUUAAGUAGUUUAGUGAAUUUAAAUUAAGAGUUUUAUUAGUUAUUUGUAAAUUUUGCAAUGAAUAAUAAAGAAAAGAUUUCAACAAAUGGUUUACGUGGAUUAGGAUAUUAUUUGAUGAAAUGUUAAUAGGCAAUAAUAAAUUAAGAUUUAAUAAAUUGUUAUGCAAAUGCUUUGGCAUCUAAGAAUCCAAAAAUAAGUUGGAAUGCUUCUACAAGUUUACAUAAUGCAGUUUAAGGAAAUUGUAAAGAGUUAUUAGAGAAUGCUAAGAUUAGAUAGAGUAUUCUUGAUGUAUUGACAAAAGGAGGUAUUAUUGAAUAGAAUAAUCGUUAGAUAAUUUAAAAGCUUAAAUGCAUUGUGUAGAGUUAGUGAGAUAUUUAAGAAAUGAAUAUGCCAAAGAUUAUUUGAGAUCUUUAAUAUAGAUAUUAGUAAAGUUUAAGAAUCAUGACAAUUUUAUAGAGAAGAAAUAUUAGACAAGAAUGAGAGAGAGUGUAUUAUUUGUAUUAGAGGUAUUUUUUAAGAGAUUGAGUUUGGAUGAAUUAAUAAAUUCAUUAGAUGAUACUUUACAUGAAGAGAAUGCAUUAGAGAGAGUAGCAACAGAAAUAUAUGCAGCUGUUUUAGAUAGGAAACCUAAGGAUUCAUAAAUAAUAAUAGCUAAUAGUGAUUUAAGUAAGUAGGAAGUGUUAUAAUUAUAAUAAAAUUUUAAAGAUGAUGAAAAGACAUUCAAAUAAUAAUAAGAACAUUCUUAUAUAAUUAAUUAAUAUUUGAGUGUUCCAAAAGAAGAAGAAUUUUAAAAAUUCUUUUAAUAAAUGUCAUUUAUUGCAACUACUUUGUAUAAUGUAAUAGAUGAAUCUCCUUCUGACAAAUUAAUUAGUUUUUCUGCAUUAGAAGCAUUAUAAGAAUUAAGUACAGAUUCAAGUUUAAUUAAAAUAUAUUCAAUCGAUUGA